AGGAGAUGGUCAGUGACUGCAGACCUACUACGGGAAAUGGUCAGAGACUGCAGGCAUACUGCAGGAGAUGGUUAGAGACUGCAGGCAUACUACAGGAGAUGGUCAGAGACUGCUUACAUACUACAGGAGAUGGUUAGAGACUGUGGACCUACUACAGGAGAUGGUCAGAGACUGUGGACCUACUACAGGAGAUGGUCAGAGACUGUGGAGCUACUACAGGAGAUGGUCAGAGAUUGCGGACUUACUACAGGAGAUGCUCAGAGACUGCGGACCUACUACAGGAGAUGGUCAGAGAUUGCGGACCUACUACAGGAGAUGGUCAGAG